AUGAGGGUCGUACUUGACACCGAUGGGCCGGCGCUAGACCAAGUUGACCUAGUCGGUGACUUACUCGGGGGCUUCGUGCCUUACGACGUAGGCGAAUUUUCGUGGCAUUCUAUUCUAAAGACCACCGUGGACGAAGACACCGGUGUUGCAUGGUGCAUGAAGGUGGCGGGAACGUUGAGCGUGGAAUGCGGGUUCCAAGAUCCCUUUGGCGAAGCUGGUGCACUUAUGUUUGCUUGCGCGUCAAGAAAGCCCCUUGUCAUAGUGAUUGUGGAGGAUAAAAUUGCGCGUGAGUCCGGUGUGGAUUGGUACCAGUACUGCCGCGACCUGUGUUCGGCGGAAAUUGAGCCGUGCCAUGUAUUGCUCGCGGCAUGGUACGGUUCGACUGCGUUCAUCGCCUUGUGCUUGGAUCAAGGGCUGGCCGCCACCGCUGCCGCCAAAUUUCGCUGA